CACCUGCGGGAGAGCAGGGGCGGGGUCACCCCGGGCGGCAAAUCGAAGCGGGAGAUACCCCAGGAGAUGGGGGUCGAGGAAAGUCCCCAGGGAGGAGAGAGAGAGGGAGGCUCACUCCCCUCAUCCCGGACCCGCCCCCCAAAAGGCAAGCCAUCAGGAGCCUGCAUUGAUGCCCUGGCUCUGAAGCUACUUGGCUUUGUUCUCUCAGACCUAUUAGUCACCUCCCUGGAUCACAGGUCAUAAUAUAACUUACCCUCUCAUGCUUUUUCCCUGCCCCUUCUCCCCAAAUCAUCAACAGUAGAAAAAGAAGAAGAAGAAAACAUGUCAGGACACAAAUGCAGUUAUCCUUGGGACUUACAGGAUCGAUAUACUCAAGAUAAGUCAGUAGUAAAUAAGAUGCAGCAGAAAUAUUGGGAAACGAAGCAGGCCUUUAUUAAAGCCACAGGGAAGAAGGAAGAUGAGCACGUCGUUGCCUCUGAUGCGGACCUGGAUGCCAAGCUGGAGCUAUUUCACUCAAUUCAGAGAACCUGUUUGGACUUGUCUAAAGCAAUUGUACUCUAUCAAAAGAGAAUAUGUUUCUUGUCUCAAGAAGAAAACGAACUGGGAAAAUUUCUCCGAUCCCAAGGCUUCCAAGAUAAAACCAGAGCAGGAAAGAUGAUGCAAGCAACAGGAAAGGCCCUCUGCUUUUCUUCCCAGCAAAGGUUGGCUUUGAGAAAUCCUUUGUGUCGAUUUCACCAAGAAGUGGAGACUUUUCGGCACCGGGCCAUCUCAGACACUUGGCUGACGGUGAAUCGCAUGGAGCAGUGCCGGACUGAAUACAGAGGGGCAUUAUUAUGGAUGAAGGAUGUGUCACAGGAGCUUGAUCCAGACCUCUACAAGCAAAUGGAGAAGUUCAGGAAGGUACAAACACAAGUACGUCUUGCCAAAAAAAGCUUUGACAAGUUGAAGAUGGAUGUAUGUCAGAAAGUGGAUCUUCUUGGAGCAAGCCGAUGCAAUCUGUUGUCUCAUAUGCUAGCAACAUACCAGACUACUCUGCUUCAUUUUUGGGAGAAAACUUCUCAUACUAUGGCAGCCAUCCACGAGAGCUUCAAAGGUUACCAACCAUAUGAAUUCACUACGCUAAAGAGCUUACAAGACCCUAUGAAAAAACUGAUUGAGAAAGAAGAAAGGAAGAAGAUCACCCAGCAGGAAAGUGCAGAGGCCACCGUGGAGGAACCCAGGCAGUUAAUUUCAUUAGAGGAUGAAAACCAGCACAAGGAGUCUUCUAGUUUUAAGACUGAAGAUGGAAAAAGCGUUUUAUCUGCCUUAGACAAAAGCUCUACACAUAAUGCAUGCUCAGAUGAAUUAUUAGACAUGAAACCCGAGGAAGGUGCUUGCCUGGGCCCAAUGGCAGGGACCCCAGAACCUGACGGUGCUGACAAAGAUGACCUGCUGCUGUUGAAUGAGAUCUUCAACGCUUCCUCCCUGGACGAGGGUGAGUUCAGCAAGGAGUGGGCUGCUGUGUUUGGAGACGACCGGCUGAAGGAGCCAGUGCCCACUGUGGCCCCAGGAGAGCCAGACCCCCGGCCCCAGACGGGCUCAGGAUUCCUUCCUUCGCAGCUUUUAGACCAAAACAUGAAAGACUUACAGGCCUCACUACAAGGCUGGUCAGAGAGCAGUGUCAGUCCUCCUCCUACUCCAUGGCCAGCACCACAGACAAGCAGUCCAAAUGACAACAGCCCUGCAACGAAAGAGCCUGCGAAGGCUGCCUCGGACCUGACUGCCUGGUUCAGCCUCUUCGCUGACCUCGACCCAUUAUCAAAUCCUGACGCUGUGGGGAAAACUGAUAAAGAACACGAAUUGCUCAAUGCAUGAGUCUGCAGCCUCACAGAGGGAGCCCACGUGCCACUCCUUGGCCACACACCUGGGGGCACGCAGACAUAUGAAGUGAUCAGUAUGCUGUUUUAAUAUUUACGUGCCAUUUUAAUAAAAUGAGAGGGUCAGAGGCCCUGUUUAUAUUGGUAUAAUUAUUUACUCUUAUUUGAUAUAAAGGGUUGAGUGUAUUCUCUAUGUGGAUCUAACAAUACAGGAUUGCCCAGGAACAGUUCCUAUGCUGCCUGCUCUCCUGCCAACACCUGCAUCAUGGCUGCUGAUGUGUCACUGGGAUACUGUGAGAUCCAAGUUCAAAUCAUGAACCUGCUCUGUCUUAGGUUUAAACAAUGAGUCCUGUCCAGAGGCAGCGGGAGGCUAACAGACCUUAAAUGCCUCCUUGUGUACCCCCUGCCUCUGCCCCUUUAGAGGGGUCUGCAGGAAGACUCUCUCUUCCUGCCGAGCACCUUCCAGUGAGCUCCGGGUGAAGACCCGGCCAACCAAAGACACUCUUCCCCAGCCCUUGCCGGGUGGGCUGUGUGUUCUCACGUGGGCAGAGGACCUGGGCUGGUCUCCACUGCACGAACCUUUCUGUGGAAAGCAGCACAGCUGCAGACGCCAGUGUCUCCAUUUGUCUUCUCCAUGGCUGGAAUUCAAAAGCAUGUAUUUCUGGAGUCCCUUGUGAUAUUAACUUUUUUUUUUUUUUUUUAAUUAAAUGGCAGAGAUAUUUGACAUGCGAAGGCAAGUUAAUAGAGUCUGUUGUGGGGAUUGAGUGGGGGAGGUGCCAUGGGCAUGGGGACUGGAGAGGGAGGAAGAGGACAAGGACCAGUCCCAUCUGCAUGAAGCUGUUGACAUGAUCCCAUGUGUCGCCCACAUUCAGUACAGGGGAGGAGGGCAUGGACUCUUGUUGGCUCAGGCAGAGAUGGGAGCAAGUUUUGUGUGGGGGCAUGUAAGCAGUUCAUGGAGACACUCCACCCUUGUAGCCCUGAGUGGGGGGCGGGGUUGAUGAUUAGCAAGAAUUGGUCCUACAUGCCCAGCUGGGCCAAGGAGGUCUCUGCUGCACUCUUGCAAGCUUCAGUCUCCAGCUCUGAAAGGUUCUCCUGUGGCUCCUUCCCCCAACACGGAAAUGCGGCUUCUUUGCUCUCUGUGGUGUGCCUUCAUGGAAGGACCUGGCCCCAGCAGUUGCCACCGUCCUCUGCAAGACAGCCUUGGGGGACUGGAAAGCAUUCUCCUCCUCUUCCUCCAUGCAGGAAGAGACCUGAAGGCGAGUUGGGGCUGGGACUCAGUGUGUUAUGUGGCUGGUGUAGGUCUGCUCACUUCCUGGCCAGACCAGACUCUAGAGUCUGUUUGUAAGAAUCUCACUUAAUGACUCCUUAGCCUGCCACUUGUCGUCUUUGAGGAUAUCAGGAUACAGCCCUGGGGCCCUCACCCACCCUCCCACACAUACUCAGGUCUCCAUUCCUGGCGUAUGCGUUUACUGCACACACCACCCAGGAUGGUCCCCUCUCUCCAGCCUCAGCUGCCAUCACACCCCAACUUGCCCCUCAGGAGCUCCUCACGUCGCACCUCCUUCAGGUGUAACCUGCAGUUUUCCUUCAAGGACCCACCCCUCAUCUCUCCUUCCUGCCCUUGUCUGUCUCAUGGUUGGCACAUGUUUGGUCCUCUGCCCGGCCUGGGAGGCCUAUGUGUAUGCAUCUGCCUUUACCACAAGGUGUUGCAGCCCCAGAGCACAGGGUUGUUGUUUCCCCAAAUCUUCCGUGUCUCCCUAGUGGUAACCGCCUUGGAGUCACCUGAUAAGCGCUGGACUCAUGAGCUGAAUGGAGCUGCCCUGUGUGGAAUGAGGAGUAAGGAUUCAUCAUAUCCUCCUGGGUCACAUUUGCUUAUAGCCGUGGAAGCCCACAGCCACGGCAGGAAGGAGACCAAGCAGCAAAGCAGGAGGGGUGGACUGGCUCCAUCCAGGCUGGAGGCACAGGGAGGGACUUGGUGGGGUGGGGGGUUGGAGGGGCAAGGGGCUGUGGAGUCCUCUGCUGAGUGGAUCACUUGAAAUACUAACAGGUGGCAUUUUAAAAGUUGGUCUGUGGGUGAAGGGGACUGGAGGAUCAUGGUAGUUGAACAGGCUUUGCUACAAGUAAAAGAAUACUGCACAUGGGGGCAUUUUCUCUCUGAAUUUUCUUUACAUUUUUGUUAAAAAAAAAAAAAUUCAAUUCCCGUUCCCAUCUGCAAUCCUCUUGGCCAGGCUCUUGAUCCCUCUUGAUAGGCGUGUUUUGAUCCUGGCUCGCACAAAGGCCUCUCGGCCACCUCUCUACUUUAUUAAGGAGAAGCAGCUGCUGGCUUAUUCUCUUUUAAGCAGUCUGUGUGCUGCACAGCCAGGGGGCUUCCUUGGGGGCCCACCUCGGGUUCUCUCCCCAGCCUCCUGUAGAAGGACCUCUGUGGCAGGAAGAAGACAAAGGUGCCCCACCCCCUUCACGCCCAGUCUCGCCACUCCCUCAUUUUCAUCCCUUGUCUCCGGGCAGGUCUGCACCACAAUUGCAUGGAGCCCUCAGGGAUAUUCAGAGAGCACCUGCUCCUUGAAAACUUCCCUGCCCUUUUAGGUGGUCUAUAGUCUCCCUUCCUUUCUCCCGCUGCCCCAGCCAAUAUAUAAAGAAUAUUCAAAUUUAAGGGAGAGAGCCAGAAACAUUUCUCUUUCCCCCUUUCUUUUUCUCCCAGCUGGCAUGGGCUCUGGUGCACUUUAUAGAUUCAUUGCCUUCAAAAUGUAAUUUUAGAAAUGUCAGGUUGAUUUUGAGUUGUGUGAGAGUGAGAAAAGCAUCCGUCAGCUUCAGAAUUAGAAAGGCACCAACUUAGAACUUUUUGUUGGAGGCUUAUGCCCAAGAAAACAUGGUCUGCUCAGAGUUGGCAGCCCCGAGAGCCCUGGGUUGCCAGUAGGCAUGUAGAGGGGGCUCACCAUCAUGUCGUAGCCAGUGUGACAUGAGAUGGGGGGCAGGGCAGAGGACCCUGAGCUUCCAUGGGAGUCUGCCUGACCAUUAGGGUCAAGAUGCCUUCUGCCCUUGCCUCAGCUCCAGGAGCCAGCUAACUGAGCUUCAUGCUUGCCUCUCUCAGACUCCACUGCUGAGAGAUCCCUCCUGAGGGGCCGACCCUGGCAAUGGCUUGGGGUUUAACUAUUGGCACUACUGAUUUUGCCAAUAUUCCCAAGCAUGUCUUUGUGAUUAACUAGUGUCCUCCAGACAAGCCACGGCAAUUAGUCCUUUGAUUCAAACCAUCUCUGGUCCUCUGAUCGGCACCACGCACAGUGCAGUGUGCAGGUCUCUCCAGCUUUGUUGAAAAAUAGACUUCAACUUGGAGCCAACUUCAGUGAUUGGCAGUGGCUGCCAAGAAUUCCGCACAGAGAAGGAUGCUGAUAAAUGAGAGAUGUUUGUGCUGGGGAUAGGGCAGGCAGUGGCGGCAAUCAUCCUGUGUGUUUCCCAACAGCACAUUAGACCUUGUCUCUCAUGGGGGCUUUUAGAGUUUACUAUUACAACUACAACUACAACUUCUACUACUCUCUUCUUCUUCUUCCUCCUCCUUUUUAAAUAAAUAGGAUUCUAGAACCCUAGGAGAGGUUUCUCAAAAAAAUAUAAAAAAUAACCCUAAUUCGACUUAAAAAAGUCAUUUAAACAACAACAAAUGAGGAUGGAUUUACUUGCUCUGUUAACUGAAGGGUCUAGGUGUAUGCUUCAGGCACAGCUGGAUCUAGGGGCUCAGGUAGUGGUCUCAGCAAUUUCCCCUUCUUAAGCUUCCCCUUUGAUUCCCUCUGUGUUGCUUCAUUCUAACAAGCUUUUCAUAAGGAGGCAACAUGGGCACCAGAAUCUCCAGCCAAAGUCUUGGGAGUUGAGCCUGCCUUGAAUCCUGUGUCCGGUCUUCAGUCGGCCCCUGGAAUCAAGGUGGGUGGGGGUGGGAUAUAGGCUGUUUUCCCAGCUUUUCAUAGGCCUGAACCUGGAACCUGACCCUUAAGGACUAGGGAUGGAGAAAGGAUGAUUCCUCUAGGGGAAGGUGUGCUGCUGAUAUCAGAGGGAUAGAUGGAUCCUUGGGCAGGAAAAUGCCAGGUGAUCCACUCCAGUUUCCACUGGAAUGGACACACUUGUAUAUUGUUUCUGGAGGGGUUGUGGGGCCAGGAGGCUGAAAGAACUGGAGUGUUUCCAGAAGCCCCUUUGGAGGCCACCCACAACCCUGGGACUUGAAGUCUUUGUGUGUAGCUCUUCUAUAGCUGAUAACCAGGAAGUCAGAAGGGACCACAGAGCUGUUUGCAUCCAACCUGCUGAUAUCCAGAUGAGAAAACCGAGGGACGUAUUUUAAAAAACUAUAAAUUAGUGGGAAACCGGAUUAGAACCCACAUUGCCUAACAGCUGAGCCACAGCUUCUUUUACUUCCAGGGGUUUGCUAGAAACGGAGAGCUGAAGAAAGGAAUUCAAAGACACACAAAACUCUUUUUUUUUUCCUUUUUAAAAUAUUUUUAUUGUGUUAUG